UUAGUUCUGGUCACCGCCUUCGCCAUUUGGCACGUCGGCUUGGGGGAGAGCUCGCGAUUGGAGUCGGCCACUAUAAAUUCUGCUCGUGGUGCGGGGGUUGUCUCAUCCUCAGUUUUGUACUCUUUUGCUAAGCGUUUCGGCAUCUCGGUGGUUUUGUUGGAGUGGGUGAUGGCGACCUCCGUAGCGGGGGCCGAGACGAAGGCGGCGGUGUCCGAGGCGUGCGUGAGGGAUGCGAUGCUGGGAUGGUUCCGAGGGGAGUUCGCGGCGGCGAACGCUAUCAUCGACGAGCUGUGCGGGCACCUGGCACAGAUCGGAAGUGUGGAGGAGUACGAGUCGUCCUUCGCCGCGAUACACCGGCGGCGCCUCAACUGGAUCCCGGUUCUCCACAUGCAAAAGUACUAUACGAUUGCCGAAGUCGCCGCCGAGCUCCGCCUCGUGUCCGCUAACCGCUCCGGCGACUACUGCCUUUUGGAGGACUCUAGGGGGUCGGAUCUGGAGAAAUCAACGGAGCAAGAAUCCGCUCCUGUGGUGGAGGAGGCGAUCGAUGGCGCGAGGGUCCCUAUGGAGGAGUUAGAGCCACCCGCAGAGGUGAUGCAAUCGGAGGCCCAGAUGGCGCCAGAGGAGAACGACGGCACUCCAACGGAGGAAGCGGCCGAGAGCGAGAGGGACGCCUUGGGGAAGUUCGAGCCGCCUGCAGAGGCGGCGAUGCAAGCGGAGAGUGACGCAGCUCCAGAAGAGGAAAAAUCUGACGCUGCGGAGGCGGCGCUAGCUACCGACUCUGCCAUCGACCUGGAGGAACCGCUUGAGCACGCAGGAGAAGUUUAUUCCGGCGACUCAUCGGAUCACAAGGGCGUCGAAGACGGUGAUCAAGCUAACGGAGGAUCCCAAGCGGAAUCGGCUUCAACGCAGAAUCCGAACGCCUGCGGAGAGCAAAGUGUUUCCGGGAUGGCGGGUCGUGAAAGGAUCAAGAUCUUAAAAGGUUUUGUGGCCAAGGAGUCAGUCAAAGGGCAUAUGGUCAAUGUCCUAAAAGGUCUCAAGAUGUACGAGGGCAUAUUCACAAACUCGGAGCUUCUCAGCGUCACUGAAUUCAUAAAUGAACUCCGCCUUGCAGGACGCAACGGCGAGCUCUCAGGUGAAACGUUCAUCUUUUUCAACAAACAAGUGAAGGGAAACAAGAGAGAGAUCAUUCAGUUUGGUGUGCCACUAUUCCAAUCAGCAACCGAAGAAGCAGCAAGCAAUAUCGAACCGAUUCCUGCAACUCUACAGGCAGUAAUUGAUAACCUCGUACAGUGGCGUUUGAUUCCAGAAAGCAGGAAGCCCAACAGCUGCAUAAUCAACUUCUUCGACGAGGAUGAGCAUUCACAGCCAUACUUGAAACCACCACAUUUGGACAAUCCCAUCUCCACGCUCGUCCUCUCCGACACUACUAUGGCUUUUGGACGAUCUCUAGUCAGCGAUCAAGAUGGAAACUACAAGGGCUCUCUCGCCCUUCCCAUCAAAGAAGGAACGCUGCUAGUGAUGCGGGGAAACAGUGCAGAUAUGGCCCGGCACGUUGUCUGCUCCUCGCCUAACAGGAGGGUGAUCAUCACAUUCACGAGGGUUCGACCCACGACUUACCAAACCGACUCGCCCACCGCGCUAAAAUCCCUAGCGCAUCGGCAGCCGAGCUCGCCACUGCCGCUGCCGCUGCCGCCGUCGCCAGAAGCACCGGUCGCCGGCGUCGCGGCCUGGCCUGCAGCCGUGAUUCCUACCGCUUGGGGGUUGGCUCUUCACAGCCCAAUCAUCGUGCUGGCCCCGGCUCCGCCGCCGCGCAGGACCACUUCGCCACCUAGCCCCGGCGGCAAGAAGUCUCCGCACGGCGGCGGCACGGGCGUGUUUUUGCCGUGGGCGGUGCCGGCGCCCAAGAAGUACGCCAAGAACCUCCCGCCUCGGUUCCAGAAGGGGAAGCUGUCGUCGUUGCUAUCUCCGCCGCUGGAAGCGCGAGCUUAAGCAUCAACCGCAACCAGCCAAUACAUAUAUAUAUCUUGAAGUAACUAUAGAGGUCAAAGUCAACUUUUGAGGUGCGUCGUCUAUUUUUAACUUUCAGGUCGGGGCCAGUAAUGCGAGUGUCGACGUGAUCAUGGCGCAAUGGCUUUUUGCUUCCUGUGCCAUGUUUUUUUUUUCUGUUUUUUUUUCCCGGUGGCAAGUAAUGGUUAAGCAAAGCUUAUUAUGAGGUUGGUGAGGGAUUUAGAGCUUGUAACUUAAUGGUACGUAACUAUGUCAACAAUUAUCUAUCUCUUGCUGGUGUAAA